AUGGAUCCGAGUCAUGAUACUUAUCAUUCACGACUUCUCGACUGCAAGUUGACGCUUGAACUGUGGGAUAGAUUGGAACUAUUUCCUAGGAUGCGCAACCGUGUUCACAGCGUUUUGUCGGGAAACGCGGUCCCCGGUCGGAACCGUCCUGAAGGUAAUUCCUUUCCGAAUUUUACUGCAGUUCUUGUAUUCGUAAUUAGUCUUUUCUUAGAGCUCUGA